GGCGCGCACGGCAUGGCGGCGGCGGCGGCGGCGGCGCGCCUGAGCUAGAGGGACGCCGGCCCGGUCAGGCCUCGGCGCGGCCUACACGCUUCGCUCGCUCGCUCCCGCCCCGCGCCCCGCGCCCCGCGCCCGGCCAUGGCGGAGCCCUCGCCCGCCCGACGCCCGGUGCCCCUCAUCGAGUCCGAGCUGUACUUCCUCAUCGCCCGGUACCUGUCGGCCGGCCCGUGUCGGAGAGCCGCCCAGGUGCUGGUGCAGGAGCUGGAGCAGUACCAGUUGCUGCCGAAGAGGUUGGACUGGGAGGGCAACGAGCACAACAGGAGCUACGAGGAGUUGGUCUUGUCCAAUAAGCAUGUGGCUCCUGAUCAUCUGUUGCAAAUCUGCCAGCGCAUCGGUCCCAUGUUGGAUAAAGAAAUUCCACCCAGUAUUUCAAGAGUCACUUCUUUACUUGGUGCAGGAAGGCAGUCUUUGCUUCGUACAGCAAAAGACUGCAGGCACACAGUUUGGAAGGGCUCUGCCUUUGCUGCUCUUCAUAGAGGAAGACCUCCUGAAAUGCCGGUGAAUUACGGUUCCCCACCCAAUCUUGUGGAGAUACAUCGAGGCAAACAACUCACAGGGUGUUCCACUUUUAGCACAGCAUUUCCAGGAACUAUGUACCAGCAUAUAAAAAUGCACAGAAGGAUUCUUGGACAUCUGUCUGCUGUUUACUGUGUAGCAUUUGAUAGGACAGGACAUAGAAUCUUUACAGGUUCAGAUGAUUGUUUGGUGAAGAUUUGGUCAACACACAAUGGCCGCCUAUUAUCCACAUUAAGGGGUCAUUCUGCAGAAAUUUCAGAUAUGGCAGUAAACUAUGAGAAUACAAUGAUUGCUGCAGGGAGCUGUGAUAAAAUAAUUAGAGUGUGGUGCUUGAGAACUUGUGCCCCAGUUGCUGUGCUCCAAGGACACACGGGGUCAAUUACUUCUUUACAGUUUAGCCCAAUGGCCAAAGGCUCUCAAAGGUACAUGGUCUCUACUGGUGCUGAUGGGACAGUUUGUUUUUGGCAGUGGGAUUUAGAAUCCCUGAAAUUCAGUCCACGUCCUUUGAAGUUUACUGAAAAGCCUAGACCAGGCGUUCAAAUGCUUUGUUCUUCUUUUAGUGUUGGUGGUAUGUUUUUAGCCACUGGUAGUACCGAUCAUGUAAUCAGAAUGUACUUUUUGGGUUUUGAAGCACCUGAAAAAAUUGCAGAACUUGAAAGCCACACUGAUAAAGUUGAUAGUAUCCUAUUUUGUAACAAUGGUGAUCGGUUUUUAAGUGGUAGCAGAGAUGGAACAGCGCGGAUUUGGAGAUUUGAGCAAUUAGAGUGGAGAAGCAUUUUAUUGGAUAUGGCUACUAGAAUUUCAGGGGACUUAACUUCUGAAGAGGAAAGGUUUAUGAAACCCAAAGUAACAAUGAUAGCAUGGAAUCAGAAUGAUAGCAUUGUUGUCACAGCUGUGAAUGAUCAUGUCCUCAAAGUGUGGAAUUCUUAUACUGGACAGCUGCUUCAUAACUUGUUGGGACAUGCUGAUGAAGUGUUUGUUUUGGAGACACAUCCCUUUGAUUCCAGAAUUAUGUUAUCUGCAGGACACGAUGGCAGCAUAUUUAUAUGGGAUGUUACAAAAGGCACCAAGAUGAAACAUUAUUUUAAUAUGAUUGAAGGACAAGGGCAUGGAGCUGUAUUUGACUGUAAGUUUUCACAGGAUGGACAGCAUUUUGCCUGUACUGACUCUCAUGGGCACCUUCUGAUAUUUGGUUUUGGAUGCAGCAAGCCGUAUGAAAAGAUUCCUGAUCAGAUGUUCUUCCAUACUGACUAUAGACCACUGAUUAGAGAUUCUAAUAAUUAUGUCUUAGAUGAGCAAACUCAGCAGGCUCCUCACCUUAUGCCUCCACCAUUCUUGGUAGAUGUAGAUGGAAAUCCUCAUCCAACUAAGUAUCAGAGAUUAGUACCAGGCCGAGAAAAUUCUGCAGAUGAACAUUUGGUUCCACAGCUGGGCUAUGUGGCAACAAGUGAUGGAGAGGUAAUUGAACAAAUUAUAAGCCUACAGACUAAUGAUAAUGGUGAAGGAAGCCCAGAGUCCAGUGUUCUUGAUGGAAUGAUAAGACAGCUGCAGCAGCAGCAAGAUGAGAGAAUGGGAGUUGCACAGGAUAAUAUUCCAAAUGGACUUCCAAAUGGGGAAGAAACUCCACGAAGAGGUUUUAGAAGACUAAGCUUAGACAUUCAGUCCCCUCCAAAUAUUGGUCUGCGUCGUAGUGGACAAGUUGAAGGCGUUCGUCAGAUGCAUCAGAAUGCUCCCCGUAGUCAGAUUGCUACAGAGCGUGAUCUGCAGGCAUGGAAACGAAGAGUGGUUGUACCAGAGGUACCACAAGGCAUAUUUAGGAAGUUGGAAGACUUCAGAAUAGAGAAAGGUGAAGAGGAAAAAAAUCUCUAUGUAAUUGGAAGAAAAAAGAAAACUCUUCAGCUCUCACCAAAGUCUGAUUCAGUGGUUUUGAUGUCACAGUUUAGGCAGAGGACAUGUAGGCGUAAAUAUCCAAAUUAUAGUAGAAGAAAUGUUGGACGGAUUGAGUUAUCUUCUGGAAAUGAAUCUUCAAGCUCUAUAAGACAUACUUCCUGUGAUCAAAGUGAAGGUUCUUGUUCUUCUGAAGAAGAGGAAUGGAAAAGUGACAGAAGAAGUGAAAGUGAUAGUGAAAGUUCAAGUGACUCUUCAUCUCGGUAUUCUGAUUGGACAGCUGAUGCAGGCAUCAAUUUGCAACCUCCUUUACGAACUUCAUCUCGUCGGCGUAUUACCCGAUUUUGCAGUAGUUCAGAGGAUGAAGUGUCUACUGAGAAUUUAUCUCCUCCAAAAAGGAGACGAAAGAGAAAGAAAGAAAGUAAGCCUAAAAAAGAGAAUUUGCGGAAAAUGACUCCAGCAGAGCUUGCAAAUAUGGAACAUUUAUAUGAAUUUCAUCCUCCAGUUUGGAUAACUGACACCACACUUCGAAAGUCUCCUUUUGUUCCACAAAUGGGUGAUGAGGUAAUAUAUUUUCGACAGGGUCAUGAAGCUUAUAUAGAGGCUGUCAGGAGAAAUAACAUUUAUGAACUGAACCCUAACAAGGAGCCAUGGAGAAAAAUUGAUCUUAGGGAUCAAGAAUUGGUUAAAAUAGUUGGAAUACGAUAUGAGGUUGGGCCUCCUACACUCUGUUGCCUGAAACUAGCAUUUAUAGAUCCUGCAACUGGAAAACUUAUGGACAAAUAUUUCUCUAUUAGAUAUCACGAUAUGCCAGAUGUUAUUGACUUUCUUGUGUUGCGUCAAUUUUAUGAUGAAGCAAGACAGAGAAAUUGGCAGUCUUGUGACAGGUUCCGUUCUAUCAUUGAUGAUGCCUGGUGGUUUGGAACGGUGCUAAGUCAAGAGCCCUAUCAGCCACAAUACCCUGAUAGUCAUUUCCAGUGUUACAUUGUUAGGUGGGACAAUACUGAAAUUGAAAAGCUUAGCCCAUGGGAUAUGGAACCAAUUCCUGAUAAUGUUGAUCCACCUGAGGAAUUAGGAGCUAGUAUUUCUGUUACUUCAGAUGAGCUAGAGAAAUUGCUCUACAAACCACAAGAUGGUGAAUGGGGUCAGAAAUCAAGAGAUGAAGAAUGUGAACGACUUAUUAGUGGUAUAGAUCAACUUUUGAAUCUUGAUAUAGCAGCAGCUUUUGCAGGUCCAGUUGAUCUGUGUACAUACCCGAAGUACUGUACUGUAGUGGCUUACCCAACUGAUCUUUACACAAUUCGAAUGAGACUUGUUAAUCGAUUUUACAGGAGGCUAUCUGCAUUGGUUUGGGAAGUCAGAUAUAUAGAACAUAAUGCCAGAACAUUUAAUGAACCUGAGAGUGUAAUUGCAAGAUCAGCUAAGAAGAUAACUGACCAACUUUUAAAAUUUAUCAAGAAUCAAGACUGUACAGAUAUCUCAGAACUUUCUAACACUUCUGAAAAUGAUGAGCAAAACGCCAAGGCUUUGGAUGAUAAUGAUCUUCCUAAAACAUCUUCUGGAAGAAGGAGAGUCUAUGAUUGGAAAAAAAGGAGCAGCAAAGCAACCAGCUCUGUUGAAAGCAACUGGAAGAAACAGUGUAAGGAACUAGUGAACUUAAUUUUUCAAUGUGAAGAUUCUGAACCAUUUAGACAACCUGUUGAUUUGGUUGAAUAUCCAGAUUACCGAGAUAUUAUAGAUACUCCAAUGGAUUUUGGAACAGUAAGGGAAACUUUAGAAGCGGAAAAUUAUGACAGCCCUUUGGAAUUUUGCAAAGACAUCCGGUUGAUAUUUAGCAAUGCAAAGGCAUAUACACCAAACAAAAGAUCAAAGAUUUACAGUAUGACCUUGAGAUUGUCUGCCUUAUUUGAAGAAAAAAUGAAGAAAAUCUCCUCUGAUUUUAAAAUUGGUCAAAAAUUUCAUGAAAAACUUCGAAGAAGCCAGAGGUUCAGGAGACAGCAAAAUUGUAACCUUGUCAAUCAGGCUAACAAAAGUAUCAGAAAUAUCAAACAGAAGCGUUUAAAAUCUCAGACAAGAGUAACUCCUGAGUUGGUAGGUUCUCCUACCCAGUCUACCUCGAGUCAGGCAGCUUAUUCUGCAAGACACAAGACAAGUGCUAGUGUCUCUUCGGGUGUUACUUCCGGGGACUCUUCAGAUUCAACAGGAUCAUCAGAAAGAACGAGAAGAAAUAGACCUGUCACUCUGACAAAUGGUUCUACGUUAUCUGAAAGUGAAAUGGAAGAUUCCUUAGGUAGCUCUUCAGCAUCCUCAGCUUCAGAUAGUUCAGAGGAAAGCAAAGAGAGUUCAAGAGCUUGUGUACCCUCUUUACGCAGUAGACUGGCCAGAAGCAGCAAUCUCAGAAUGACCAGAACCAGAGCUGCUCAAAGAAAGCCUGGUCCAGUUUCUUUAGAAAAUGGAUGUGGCAGAAAAGCUACUCGAAAGAGAGUCUAUUUAAGUGACUCUGAUAAUAAUUCAUUGGAGACCGGUGACAGUCUGCAAGCCCGAGCUGGAAGUAGUCGGAAAGUGCUACGAAAGUGUGCCGCUGUGGCCGCCAGCAAGAUAAGGCUGAUGAGCGACGUCGAGGAGAAGUCCAGCUCGGAAAGCGUCUGCUCCGGCCGGAAGCUGCCUCAUCGCAGUGCUUCUGCUGCAGCCAGAAAAAAGCUAUUAUAUAAUUCUGCAGAUGGGCAGAGCUCAAGGUCAGAGACUGAAGAAGAGGAGCUAAAAGAUCAAAACCAGUCGUCACCAUUGUCCAGUUCUCAUGCUGCCCAAAACACUGUCAAUGAAUCUGAAAAUGGAGAUUCAGAGUCAGAAAGUGACUUGCAGGUAGUCCGGAAAAAUUGGCAUGCUAAUGGUUAUAAGUCCCAUACUCUGACAACUUCUAAAACAAAAUUUCUUAAAAUAGAGUCUUCUGAGGAAAGUCAUGGUUCAGAUUAUGGACAUAACAGAACUAUUAGCCCAUCAACAUCUAGGCAGAAACUUAAGGCAGGAAGCAUCUCAGGGGAAGAGGAGGAAGCAGAUUCCGAACCAAGAAAAUAUGCUGGUAGGAAAUAUGACACAAGUUGCAAGAAUGCUGCUUUCCUUAAAAAAGCAAAGAUCUUCAGUGAUUCAGAGGAUUCUGAAUCUGGAGAAGAUAGAGAAGAUGGUAGAUGUCACAAGAUAGAAAUAAACCUUAUGUCAGGAAAUUUGAAGUGUGAACCUAUGGCUGGUUCCCACUGUUUCUCAGAUCAUGUGUCUGAAACUGAUUUGGAUUCAGAUGGCAAAAUGAAAGAAAAACCAAACAAUUUUAUGAAAGAUUCUGCGUCACAAGACCAUGGACCAAGCAGAAAAGUUUCCAGGAAAAGGGUCUGUUCCAGUGAUUCAGACAGCAAUUCAAAGGUGGUUAAGAAACCCUCCAAAGCCAAGACAGGUCUCCCAAGGGCUCCUCGAAGAUGUGCAACCACCGCUGCCAGUAAGAUUAAGCUCAUGAGUGACAUGGAAGAUGUUAGUUUAGAAAGUAUAUGUACUAGAAGCAAAAGUGGAAGGAAAAAGCCCCUCCGUUUUGCAUGUACCACAGCUAAGAAGAUAGUGAGUGAUUCUGAGGGAGAUGUAAACUGUGAAGUGCCAAAUGAACAGGAUGCCUGUCAAGGGGAGCCACCUGAAGCAGACUCAGAAGGUAGUACAAAAAGCACUCAUCAGUCUUUAAAUGAAGACUCAGACUCUGAAGGCAUGUUUAAUUCAGAACAUAAGAACAGGCCUACCAGGCAUACCAAUAACCACAAAACAAAUGUUGUACCUUCUAGAACAAAGAAUUCAAUGAUUGGGUCUUCAGAGGAAGAUUCAAAAAGCCAUAUUCCAGGGGGUAAGACUGCUAGAAAAUUUUCUUCUGAGUCAACUUUGGAGCAAAAAGCUACUGCAGAGACUAACUUUGAAGAGGAACUGAACUACGGGCUGCGCAGGUGGAAUGGCAGAAGACUCAGGACCUAUGGGAAGGCUCCGUUCAGUAAGGCAGAAGUGAUUCAGGACUCGCAGGAAGGUGCUAAGACGGAAAUAAGGAGGAAGAGACUGCAUCCUAAACUGGGAAAUGUGAAAGUUUCAGAAACAACAGGGAAUUCAGAGUGUGGACCUGACACUAGUCCCAAAUCUGAUUCCGAUUUGGGGUCUAUAACUGAAUCAGAUGUUGACUGUACUGAUGAGACAAAAACCAAAAAGAGGAAAACGAAAGGAAAAGCAAAAGUAGUUAGAAAAGGUAAAACUUUUACAGAUAACAUAUCUAAAACUGUGAGGCGACAAAGACAGAGCAAGCGUCCUAGGUUAAAUGUGGAUGAUAAUGACUGGGAGGAUGUGGACUAUGCAAAAUCUAAGAGAGUUCUUCGACGUUCAAAAAUAAAAACGAGAAAUCAGGGUAGAAGGACCGUGAGAUACCAUGAUGGGGAUGAUGACAGAAACUUAGAAAAUGUGUUAGAUUUUGAUGAUUGCACCUUAUGACCUUGAGGGAAAACCAGUUCAUUUAAAGAGAAAAUGGACUGGAGUUUAUGGUGAAACCUGGCUGUUGAAAUUAUUUUUGUCCUACAAUUCAGGGAAUAUAUUUAUAUUUUUCUAUGAAACGUUAUGAAUGUGACUAAAUCAUGACUGUUAUUUGUAUUUGCACUUGCUUGCCUUUGUAGCAGCAUUCAGCACAGGUGCCAAAAUAUGCUUCAUUUUGGGGGCAGAUCUACUUAAACAGUAUUUAACUACAUAUAGCAAGAGUUUGAAAUAUGUUAAACACUAAACAUCCUGGUUAUCAAAACCAAUGAGCAUUACUUCCAUGGUAGCAAGUGCCAUGCAGAUAUUUUCCGAAUUUGUCAAGAGGUGGUAGUUUCUAACCCAUGUCCUAUUGUAGUAUAACAAUUUCACAUGACCUGUGUUUACAUAUUUUUCAUAAAUAUUAUGUGUAUACCGACAUUACAAUCAUGGGAGAUGUUACCAUGAUUAGUAGUAGGCAAGGUACCUACCACUUUUUUUUCUUUCCCUGGCUACUUGAGUAGAAUGCAUUAUACCAAUUUGGUCAUUUUUAUUGAAAUGGUUUCCAGUUUUCUCUCCAAAUGUUGUUGAGUCUAUCUUUUUCU